CGGCGGGGGUACGCUGUACGCGGGUCUGUGCUGCCACUGAACACCUCGGUAUGGUGGGCUGAACAGGAUACAACAUCAGGGAAUAUCGAAGUAGUGCAAGAGCUAUAGUGACUAGUGCACAAUGCUAAAAAACAACACACUAUCCAAGCAUACAUCAAGAUGGUUAGAUGAUGUUUGCAUUGUGAUAUAAAGAGCAGAAAUUUCAGUAGCUUAGAUUCAGGUCCAGUCGGAAAGUCUGAGCCAGGUGCAAACUGUGAUGCCACUGUAGCAGAAUGAGUGUCUGCUGCCGAAUGGACGCCAUGAAACUGGAUUUUCCGACUUCUGGACAGUUCGGAGAGGGCAUGGUGAUGCGACAGAAGCCAGAGGUGCGGCUGGGCCGGGUCCAGAGACUCAAACGAAGAAUCAGCUCCAGUUUCAGGCGACUCGCGCUAUCGAAGAGCACAGAUGCGGUGGACGAGGGCGCUCAGCUGAGCGCCGAUGACGUCACUGUCGGUUGUCUGCGGAGCGGCGGCUACUCGGAGGAGUUCCUGGACAGACUGGAGCCAAAUGGAAACAUCCCCAAACACGGCUCACUCUACAGAGGGUGGGAUCGGCUGGUGGACCACGAUGUCGUCAGUCGCCAGCUGUCCAUCUCAUCCGACAGCAAACUUCUCGACGAUGACGUCAGAGAGGAGGCCAACGUCAUCAUGAGACCCAAACGGCCUCCGAGACCCAAGUCAGAGGCAUACCUUUGCGAGGAAAGCAAAACUUCUAAACGAUAUUCAGCGUUUGGCGGAGAUUCUCCUUUUGGUCGACAGGAGGCUUACUUGAAACUGAACCAACUUGGGGAAGGCUCAUACGCCACUGUCUUCAAGGGAUACAGCAAUCUGACGCAGCAGACGGUGGCGCUGAAGGAGAUUCGCCUCCAAGAGGAGGAGGGAGCGCCCUUCACCGCUAUCCGCGAGGCCAGUCUGCUGAAGGAGCUCAAACACGCCAACAUUGUCACCCUGCACGACAUCGUGCACGUCAGAAACGCGCUCACCUUUGUCUUCGAAUAUGUGCACACGGACCUGGCACAGUACUUGGACCGUCACCCUGGCGGUCUUCACGCUAAAAACGUACAACUGUUCCUGUACCAACUGCUGCGCGGCCUCAGCUACUGCCACGAGCGGCGCAUCCUUCAUCGGGACGUCAAGCCACAGAACCUGCUCAUCUCGCAGAUCGGAGAGCUCAAACUGGCCGACUUUGGUCUAGCACGAGCCAAGUCGGUACCGAGUCAUACCUACUCACAUGAAGUUGUCACACUGUGGUACCGACCUCCAGACGUACUGCUAGGGUCCACAGAGUACACCACGUCACUGGACAUGUGGGGCGUCGGCUGCAUCUUCAUAGAGAUGAUCGCCGGCGUGCCCGCCUUCCCCGGCGUGCGUGACGUCUCCGACCAGCUGGACAAGAUAUUCCGUGUGAUGGGCACGCCGGACCCGCGCUCUUGGCCGGACCUGGAGACGCUGCCGCACUACCGGCCCGAGAAGCUGAAGGAGCACCGAGCGCGCCGGCUAUCGGCAGUGUUCCCCAGACUGGGCGAGCUGCCGUACGCCGAACUGCUGGCAGUCAGAAUGCUGCAUCUGGUCCCGGAGCGGCGAAUCACCGCAGAGCAGGCGCUGCGUCACUGCUACCUGGCCAGUCUUCCGCCCGGUCUGGCUAACCUCUCGCCCCGGCAGAGUGUCUUCUCUGUGCCGGGAGUCCGGCUACACGGCGAGCUGCGCCAGUUCGCGCCGGCGCCACUACCCAAGGCCGCCCACGAACGGCGCCUCAGGCACUAGCGGGUCGCCUGGCCAGUGCGCCGUGUCGCCACCAGAGGCGCUAGUGUCUGUCAGGGGCGCGGCGAGGCUUAGCGAAAGGGGAGAUCAUGUGCCGUUUCCUACUGCAGGUUUUAAGUGACUG